AUAAAUUGGACGGUGCGCAAAUGGCACAUUUAGCUCAGCUGUAACCCGAGGUUGAGGGAAUAUAUGUCAAAAAAGUAUGCUUUUCUCAGAGGACACUAUUGCAAGACUUUGCAUGGUGUCCGAGGCGCUCACUAGCAUUUGAGUUUUAUUUUUUUUAGCGUGCAAAAAAUCCUGCAAUUUAAUUUCUCCCCAGAAGUUCUUUUUUGCACAUUUUAAAUUGCAGAGGCGACAAAGGGGUUAAAGCGCGUAAAGGAAAGUGAAUCAGUAUGGAAGAAAAUGAUCAGGGCAACAGAGACGUGGUGGUGGAGGAGUCGGCGGAUGAAUCCAACAGAGAUGAGUCCAACAGAGCCAUCCUCCCCAUGCUCCAUCAGCCCGGGAACCCGCAGAUCCCGCACCGGGUCACCAAUUUCUUCAUCGAUAACAUCCUGCGCCCGGACUUCGGACGCAAAAAGGACGGUGGAGAGACCCGAGAAUCAGAGAGCAGCCUGAACCUCCACAGCCCUGCUCAGACCGAGCCGGUGGGGGGGAACACGGUGCCGGCGGAGGGCACCUCCACUCCUCACACUGUCACCGGGACCAAGAAGCCCCCUAUAGCCGAGGAGGAGCCCCUGAAAGCCCGCAGAGAGAAAGGAGACCAGUGCCUAAGCUCAGACUCAGACAGUUCCCAAGCCAGCUCGAACCCUUCCCAGUCCAGUAAACCCAUGCUGUGGCCGGCCUGGGUUUACUGCACCCGGUACUCGGACAGGCCUUCUUCAGGGCCAAGAUCUCGCAAACCAAAGAAGAAAUCGACCACCACCACCACCACCACCACCGCCACCGCCCCCACCAGCAGCAGCAGCAGCAGCAGCAGCAGCAGCAAAGAGGACAAACGACCACGGACGGCCUUCACUGCAGAACAGCUGCAAAGACUAAAAACCGAGUUCCAGACGAACCGAUAUCUGACGGAGCAGCGGCGGCAGCACCUGGCGCAGGAGCUGGGCCUCAACGAGUCCCAAAUCAAGAUCUGGUUCCAGAACAAGAGGGCCAAAAUCAAGAAGGCCAGCGGGGCUAAAAACUCUCUGGCCUUGCACCUGAUGGCACAGGGACUUUACAAUCACGCCACCGUCACGUCCAAGGACGAGAAAUCCGACAGCGACUGA